CAUGACACAGCCACACGAGUCCUACGGCAGAGUCCUACGAAGGUCUCAGCACCCCCCGGGAAGCCAGCGCAACACCACUGACCCACCUCCGACUUUGGCGAAACAAUACCAAAGACGUCAAAUCCCUGAAGCACCCGCCAGCUCUGCGCCCACUAGAGGGCGCAUGCGCAGAACGGGGGAGGGCGGGCAGCCAUCCAGGGAUCGUAGGUAUCUGAACAGGGGGUAACUGUCUCGGAAAGGCCUGGCUCCGUCGCCAGGUGAGGAGAUCCCUGAUAGCAGCUAUAUAGGAUUAGCCUCACCAAAGACAAACACGAGAAGCAGCCGUCUGGUCUCCGGCGCGUUUCCGUUUCAAACUUGAACUUCCGGUUCGUUAGCCGGUUCCGGUCCGUCUUUCACUUCCGGUCACCCUCUGUUCCGCCGCGGCCGGUUCUUGCGUCCACUGCUGCCGGUUCCGCCGCGCUCCAGGAAUCUUUUUCUGAGUAAAAGCUGCUUGAUCAUAUGUUUCAAGGAUGGCUCUCCCUAUCAUUGUAAAAUGGGGUGGACAGGAAUAUUCAGUUACCACACUUUCAGAAGAUGAUACUGUGCUAGAUCUCAAGCAAUUUCUUAAGACCCUUACAGGAGUGCUACCAGAACGCCAAAAGUUACUUGGACUCAAAGUUAAAGGCAAACCUGCAGAAAAUGAUGUUAAGCUUGGAGCUCUCAAACUGAAACCAAAUACUAAAAUCAUGAUGAUGGGAACUCGUGAGGAGAGCUUGGAAGAUGUCUUAGGUCCACCUCCAGACAAUGAUGAUGUUGUCAACGACUUUGAUAUUGAGGACGAAGUAGUUGAAGUAGAAAAUAGGGAAGAAAACCUAUUGAAAAUUUCCCGCAGAGUGAAGGAGUACAAAGUGGAGAUUUUGAAUCCUCCCAGGGAAGGGAAAAAGCUUUUGGUACUAGAUGUUGAUUAUACGUUAUUUGACCAUAGGUCUUGUGCAGAGACUGGAGUAGAAUUAAUGCGGCCAUAUCUUCACGAAUUCCUCACAUCUGCAUAUGAGGAUUAUGACAUUGUUAUUUGGUCUGCAACAAAUAUGAAGUGGAUUGAAGCUAAAAUGAAAGAGCUGGGAGUGAGCACAAAUGCAAAUUAUAAGAUUACCUUCAUGUUGGACAGUGCUGCUAUGAUAACAGUACAUACUCCAAGGAGAGGAUUAAUAGAUGUAAAGCCUCUUGGUGUUAUAUGGGGAAAGUUUUCGGAGUUUUACAGCAAAAAAAACACCAUUAUGUUUGAUGACAUUGGAAGAAAUUUUCUAAUGAACCCACAGAAUGGAUUAAAGAUAAGGCCUUUUAUGAAAGCGCACCUAAAUCGAGAUAAAGACAAGGAACUUUUAAAAUUAACUCAGUACCUCAAGGAAAUAGCAAAAUUAGAUGACUUUUUGGACCUAAAUCACAAAUAUUGGGAAAGGUAUCUGUCAAAGAAGCAAGGACAGUAGUUACCAGUUACAUGAGCAGUUACCAAGGAUACUUGAGAUCACAAACUUCUUGCUUUUCUGCUAGAAAUCAUUAUGAUAGUGCUGGACACUGCAGUGAAUAUCAGACUGCUUAUACUUGGUCUUCCAGUUUUUUUGUAAAUUUAAUUUUAUAUUUUUUGAAGAUCAUAGCAAUACGCUUAAAAAAUCCUUUUCCCCCUAUAUGAAUAUACUGUUACUCUUGAAAAAUAUUUUCUCCAGCAUUGAGUACUGAGUUUUUUUCCCCACACACACAAAAAAGUGGACAAAAAUAUAUACUCAACAGUGUCAUUUUGUGGCUUUGGAAACAAGUUAUGUUUUGCAUUUUGUCUCAUUGUGCUGUUGUCUAACUAAAUCUGAGGCCAAACCCAUGUUGAAGCUACUGCUUUUCCCUUUAAAACCGAAAAAAAAAAAAAAAAAAAAAGUUUUUGCGUAAGGAACCUAGUUUGGUAUGCUUAAAAUCACUGAGAGUUUUUUUUUAUUCCUUUGUUGUAGACACAAUUUCUUACUGUGCACUAUUUACAUCUCUACACUUUGAUCUGUCUCAGUUUGGUCUAUAUGUAUGUCUGUGUUCUUUGAGUAAAACUGGAAAACAUCAGCUGUGAUACAAGUAUGUCUCAUAGUAUGAGAAAUAGAAAACAUAAGACUGAAGAAUAAAACUAAGGAACAAAAGUGUCUUUUUGGUGGCUAAGUAGAAGCACUUCUGCCUAAAACCAUUGUCAUAAAAGCAAUUAAAGGCAAUACAUUUUUAAGUGGGACAUAUCACUGGUUCAGCCCUAAAAAGCAUGAACAAAAAGUUUUUGUUCUGUUCCAGCUGUAUAUUGUCAAAUGCAAACACUGUGUUUCAGUGAAAAUAUUUAGCCAUAAGAUUAAAAACAAAAUUAUUUGCAAUGCCUAAGCCCGCAGAUAUGUAAUGUGACCACUGUUUGUGUUGACAGUAUUGCUUUAUACAGAUCUUGUAUUUGAAAGGAAUCCGGUCCUUUCAAAUAAACAUGGUGUAUAUUGUUCUUACGGGACUAUUUCAGUGGUGUAAAUAAUAAAUACUUUUUCUUAAAACA